AUGUCACAAUUGAAAAAAACCAAUCUCAAUUCAGUCAGGGAUUUACAGAAGACCACUGAUGAGAAUUUGAACUCAGUAUUGCAACAAUUGGGGUACGAUGAAUCAUUCAUCAUAACUGACGUAAAACUAGGUCUUGGUGUGGCUACAGUUGCCAUUGCCGGUUUGCUUUUUCUUGCUGAUAAAAAGUACCAAUUCAAGGAUAUAUAUUCCAUCACAGUGGCUGCUUGUGUCGUGUAUGGGGUUCUAAAUGCGAUCUUAUUCUUGAUCAACUUGAAAUACAAAAAUGUCAAAUACAUUGGAGACGACUCAAAGGGCAGUAGGAUCACAAUUGCAUCGGAUAUCAAGAAAUAUGAACCUUACUAUAAUGUAACGAUCACUGUGAAAGACACGGUCGUUACUGCAGCAAUACCGUUUAACAAGUUCUUCGAUGUCAUUGGGUACUUCAACAGAGAUGAAUUCAUAAAGUUGAUCAGCGAAGAGAUAAACAAAGUCGACAAGAAACAUCAGUAA